GUUAUGAACUUGAUGUUGAGUCAGACUUCUCCUGAAGAUGAUGAAGAUACUGUUAAUAUUACUGUAUCAUGGAAUGAACCACCUUACUCUCCUCGUCCUAAUGUAUCAGACUAUAUAAUAUAUCACAAUGUUCCUGACCCUGAUACAACUAUAACAACAACAAUAGCUCCUACCACUGCAUACAAUAUACCUGAUGCUACAGUAGGAUCAGUAUAUACUGUUGGAGUGGCUGCUGCUAAUGUAUUAGGAACUGGUGUAAUUGCAUCAGCUACAAUAACUAUAAUUUCUACUCCAUCAACUCCAACUACUAGCUCUAUGUCAUUUCUUACUAAUUCUACUUCCUUUACUUCUCCUUCAGGCAUCCUUACUACUGUUGUUGUUCCUACCUCUUCAAGUAUGACAGUGUCAUCUUUAGCUAUGACAGUUACACCCUCUGUUCCAAGUUCAUCCAGCAGCUCUAUGGGAGCUACAGUAACACCAAGCACAUCAUCACCAACAAGCACUGCAGGUGGAUCAAACAGUACAUUGUACAUUGGUAUAGGAGUUGGUUUAGUAGUCUUUGGCAUUGUUAUACUAGUACUUGGUAUUGUUGGUUGUCUGAUCUGGCAUAAAUCUUGUAAAGGAGAGAAAGCUAAUUUUGAUCAAAGAAGAGAUUCAACAGAGCCUAUUGCACUAGUAGACAAGAAAGACCAUGGUAGUAGUCCUGCAACAGGUCAGCCUAUAUAUCAAGAAGCAAUGUCCAGUGAAGACAUUCAAAGAGAAGCAGCACCAACCACUGGGGAACUGUAUGCACAGCCAAGCAAAGGAUCCACAAGACGUCCUCCUCCUCAACCUCAGUCUGAGCUGGCUACCUAUCAAGACCCUAGCACCAUACAGAGAAUUCAAGCACCUAAUAUGGAGUAUUUAUAUGCUGAAGUGGAUAAGUCUAAACCACAACAGCAGCAAGCAGUAUAUGCACAAGUUGAUAAAGAGAAGGUGAGUUAGUCUUUAUACACAUAA